UGUUUAUAAAAAUUAGGUUAUGUUUUCAACAUAGGUUUUCAAAUAGAAACAGAAUGACUCCCAUUCCAGAAGAAAAAUUACCAGAGUUCUUCAAAGACGUUGCUCGAAAAAAUGUAUUGUAUGCUCCUUUAAGAUCGAAAACGGUAAAUCCUAUUGACUGGAAUUUCAAAAUCACGUCAUGGAAGCAGCUCAUAAAUUUAUAUUGUUCUUCAAAUAAGGUUUUUUGCUUCUCAUUAGAGUCGUUGAAGGUUGCAUUUCAAGAUAAUGGAAGAACACCAAGUUGCUUGGAAGAGGUAUUGGAGAAUAUGCUGCAAAAUAAAGAGAUCGAACCAUUAGUAAUUUUUAUCGAGAAGAAGCCCAAAACAUGGAUUGAGUGGGCAAAAAAAUCUCUCAUUUCUGUGCCGUUUACAUGGUCAUUGAACAAAAUGAAAAAUUUUAUAAUUUCUCCUGAUCUGAAUAAAUUGGAAUAUGUACCUUUGGAUGUCAUACAUCAUGAAGCGGAUUUACUUCUUAAAGAAUUAUCCAUUAUUCACAAAAAUGAGGUGAUGAGCUUGGCGGAACUCAUACAAGAAAGGAACAUUGAUGUUAACAAGCAAAGAGAUUUUGAGAUCUUGUUUGUGAGUUUAUAUAACCGGAAUAAAAUUGACAUGCUAGAAACUGAGGAAAGCUCUAUUAAAUCUGAGAAUUUACUGAUAAAAAUUUGCGAUCCUAAACAUUAUGAACCAAUAUCAGAGGUGGAUUUAGGCAUACAUACCCUGAAAGCCAAUGAAAAGGCUUUAGAAAAAAAUAUUGAAUUUCUAACAGAAAGUGCUAAUAAGUGUAAGGAUGAAGCUAAAGCCUUUAUAGUUAAAGGCCAAAAACAGUUGGCAAAAGCAAGUUUGAAAAAGAAACAUGAGAUUGAGUUACGAAUAAAUAAGAAAGCAGAAACACUUUAUAAUUUACAUACUUUAUGGAAUAAACUACAAGAUAUGACUCUUAGUGAAGAAGUAUUGGAUUCUUACAAGAAGGCUUUAGGAGCCUUCGAAGGAACUCUCAACAAAGGAGUCAACACAGAUGCAAUAGAUGAUACAAUGUUAAAAGUAGCAGAGAUGUUAGAAAUACAAUCAGAUAUGGAAAGUGCCUUAGGAAGAUCGCUACUGGACAAUGAAGAUGAAGACCUGGAGAGAGAAUUGGAGGACCUAAUGGAAAAUGAUAAAUUUAAUAAUGACAAUAAGGGCAGUCCUAGCAGAGACAAUGAUGAAAGUUUGAUUGAAGCCAUGAAAACUUUAGAACUGAAUUUACCCAGUGUACCGUCUUCUCCUGUUAUUGUUCAUUAUUCAGAUCAAAAUAUGAGCAAAGAGGUUAACUAAUAUUAGCAAGAUAUUAUUUUUGUAAAAAUUUUUUAUGUUUAUUAUGGCCAAUUCUAGUCUAUUAAGUCCAGUGAGUAAUUUUAAUUGAAUGAAGGGUGAAGAUUGUUUUCCCAAUAUUUUUUCUGUUUCAUGUACAUUUUUAAAUAUUACAGUACAUAUUUAUAUAUUUUA